ACCGCUGGCUGCUCCUGGCUGCUCACUCGCCCGCCCGACAGCGCCGCCGCCUGCCCUCGCCAUGGGUCGACAGAAGGAGCUGGUGAACCGCUGUGGGGAGAUGCUGCACAUUCGCUACCGAUUGCUCCGCCAGGCGCUGGCCGAGUGCCUGGGGACGCUCAUCCUCGUGAUGUUUGGCUGUGGCUCUGUGGCCCAGGUGGUUCUCAGCCGAGGUACUCACGGUGGUUUCCUCACCAUCAAUCUGGCCUUUGGUUUUGCUGUCACCCUGGGCAUCCUGGUAGCUGGCCAGGUCUCUGGGGCCCACCUGAACCCAGCUGUGACCUUUGCCAUGUGCUUCUUGGCACGGGAGCCUUGGAUCAAGCUGCCCAUCUAUGCCCUGGCUCAGACACUGGGUGCCUUCCUUGGUGCGGGGAUCAUUUUUGGACUGUACUAUGAUGCAAUUUGGAACUUUGCUGACAAUGUGCUUGUAGUUUCGGGCCCCAACGGCACAGCUGGCAUUUUUGCCACCUACCCCUCUGGACACUUGGACAUGGUCAAUGGCUUCUUUGAUCAGUUCAUCGGCACAGCGGCUCUCAUUGUGUGUGUGCUGGCCAUUGUUGACCCAUACAACAACCCUGUGCCCCGUGGCCUGGAGGCCUUCACAGUAGGCCUUGUAGUCCUGGUCAUUGGCACCUCCAUGGGCUUCAACUCUGGCUAUGCUGUCAACCCUGCCCGGGACUUUGGUCCCCGCCUUUUUACUGCCCUAGCUGGAUGGGGUUCGGAAGUCUUCACGACCGGCCGGCACUGGUGGUGGGUGCCCAUUGUCUCGCCACUCCUGGGCUCCAUUGCAGGUGUCUUUGUGUACCAGCUCAUGAUUGGUUGCCAUCUGGAGCAGCCCCCACCAGCCGCUGAGGAAGAGAAUGUGAAGUUGGCCCAUGUGAAGCACAAGGAACAGAUCUGAGUGGGCUGCGUCCAU